CGUGCCCCCGGCGGGGCAGCGUCCUCCUCAUCGCUCUCGGGGUUGGCUUCUCCUCCCCUUCCGGUUCGGGUUCUGGUUCGGUUCGGGUUCGGUUCGAGAGAGAGGCCGAGUAGCUAGCCUAGUCUAGGGUUUCGGUAGAGAGGAAGGGAGAUCCAUGGCGGAGACGGAGUACCGCUGCUUCGUGGGCGGCCUCGCCUGGGCCACCGACGACAACAACCUCCAGCAGGCCUUCAGCCAGUACGGCGAGAUCCUCGACGCCAAGAUCAUCAACGACCGCGAGACGGGGAGGUCCCGUGGGUUCGGCUUCGUCACUUUCGGCAGCGAGGAGUCGAUGCGCCAGGCCAUCGAGGAGAUGAACGGCAAGGAGCUCGACGGGCGCAACAUCACCGUCAACGAGGCCCAGUCCCGCCGCUCCGGCGGUGGGGGCGGCGGCGGCGGCUACGGCGGCCAGCGCGGCGGUGGCGGAGGCUACGGCGGCGGCGGCGGUGGCUACGGCGGCCAGGGCGGCGGCGGCUACGGCCAGGGCGGCGGUGGCGGCUACGGCCAGGGCGGUGGUGGCUACGGCGGCCAGCGCGGUGGCGGCGGCUACGGCGGCGGUGGCUACGGCGGCGGCGGUGGCGGCUACGGCGGCCAGCGCGGCGGCGACUCCGGCGGCCAGUGGAGGAACUGAGCGGCGGGGCCCUCCAGUUAUCGAUCUAUCUACCAUCUCGUCGUCUUCGUCAGCAAGUUAUCUUCAGUGUCGUCGUCGUCGUGUUCCUGUGUCAGUCAGUCUUGAGUCGUGUGUGUCGUUCGGUCCUGUGGUGUUUUUGAUCGCGAGCUCGAGUGUCGCUCUGUCCGGGGUUAAUUAGAGCUGGUUACGCGAGGAAGAAACAACAUGUGUUAUCUUUCAGUCGGUCGUGUUCGUCGGUGAUGCAGCAAUCCCUUCUGUCAUGGAUUGGGAUGUGAUGUUGGAAACCUAUGUUUGAACUCAGUUUAAAUGGAUGAAGAAAAUGCAAGUGAUAGCUGCGAAAUA